UGUGUUAGCAAAUGAAAAAGUUGGAGUCGACUGCCUGCCAUUGGCGUGAGUUUGGGGCGGGGCUACUUGUUUGGCCUUGUCUGCUUUGCUUUCGCGCUUCACUACAGCAGGUCGUUCACAGACACUGAGAGGAAUGGGACGUUUUUUGAGAUAAGGUUUUAGAUAAAAGGAAUCGUUUGCGAGACUCUCAAGUAAAUAUUGACCGAACACUUUGACACAUCUCUGAAGAAUCCCACAGGACAGAUCAAGAGCCUCACAGUUUCACAGUAGCAUACAGUAUGAAUGAAUCAGAUUCACCCUGCAGAGUCUACAUGCCUCUAAGCAUGUCAAUUACGUCAGAAGACAUGCUACAUCUCAGGUUUCAGAGCCCAUAAAUCACCUGUAGCUCAUAAUGAACAUGUGGCAUGUGCAGCGCUUGUCUGUUUUAUAUGUCGAACACAAUGAUCAGCCCUUUGGUUCAGUGCUUCUAAACCAAAGACAGGGGACAGGAUGGUGUCCCUCCAUCACCUCUGAUUAGGAUGAGGUUAGGACAAAACCAACAGUGCAUAGGGAAGAGAAAUAGAAGGAGUGGAUAGACGAUGUCUAAGUGCGAUAAGAGGAGUGAAACGGUGUGCACAUUGUGGUAAGAGCGUGAGAAAGAGAGAGAGAGAUAAGAGGAGGAGAGAGUCAGGGAGGGAAGGAGCCAGUUUGUGACUGUGAAAUAGUUGGGUGGAAUACACGUGUGAACAGCAGUUCCUCUCCGCACUGCGCUGAAUGGUGACCAGCGACUCAAACAGACAGGAGGGGGAGGACUGACCAGCAUGGAGCUCCACUCACCCAAAAAGAGCUGAAUAAACAGUACAAUACAGCACUGCAGCAAAGACAAGACACACACUGAGAAACACGGACAAAAGGACGCAAGAAAGGAAAGCAAGAGAUUUUGUUGCUGGUCAAAUUACAGCACUGAGGUGUCCGAUGGAUGUAUCUUCCUGCUCUGCAAUACAAAGAGAAAGAAAAAGGGAAUAAUUGAGAGAGAAAUACACUAUACAUGGUCAGUUCUAUCAAGCUGAAGCUCUUGUGGGCAGGUGUUUUGGGUGGAAUACAAGAACAGUUGGGUCAGAGAUCGGUGGUCACUGGUCUUAGGAUGUCCAGGAGCAGCUCCACAGGGGAUCUGGUGCCUAAGGACAUUACUGAGAUUCUGGCCCUGCAGGCCAGUAAGAAGAAACGGGGUUCAUCCCUGGGUCGGGCUUUUAGUUGGUUCAAGAGCAGCAAACGCAAGAGGAGUGUCAGCAAUGGGCAAAGUAGGUCAGGAGGUCAGUGUGGACGGUCUGGAGAGAGCGCUACAGCCAAACAGAUUCAUGCCAGUAGUGAAGCCUCUAAAGCAGGCCAAAAGCAAGAUGAACAAAGAAAGCUGACUGUACAUUACACGGCCUCCCAGCACUACCAGGAGAAUGUGUUCAUAGAAGGGAGCAGGCCACAGUACCUGGAAGACCUGCAUACAGAGGCUCAGGAGGGACUGAAGAUACUACAACAGGAGGAGCACAAAAAUGGGGUGGACUUUCAGGAUGACCAGUCUGUGCCAGAGGAAGACACAUGCUCAAGAGAAAGAGAUGAAUCACUUGAGACUGAUAGCACUGCUGGGCAAUCUGUCAUUUCAGCGUCGACUGUCUCAGCAGUCUCCUCGCAUCCAGUGCUUACACGUCAAGGUUCUACAUUUAAGCCCUUGAACCCAGUUAAACGAAUGGACAAGACCAAGAGGAGAAGUAGAAGAACGACUAUCAUGGGCAUACCACAGCAAGUUCAAAGAGAAUUGGAUAUGGCAAGGGGAACUAUAAUGCAGCAGCUUCCAAACAGAAAACGUAAUGAAGAUGAUUCAUCUGGCACAGUUGUCAUUCCAACAAUUGAUGGAGAGCUCCCUUUAGUAAAUCACGAAGGGGCUCGUGUACACCUGCAGAACAUUGAGGUCCUUCAGACAUCAAGAGAUGAGGAGUUCCUAAUAAACCACAUCCAUUCUGUCUAUCAAGAUGAGUUAAACCGAAAGCUUGGGCUAGGAGCAUGCCCUACACAGAGGCCUAAGUCUCUUGCUGUGCCUGGGAUGACCACUUCCUCUUUCCUGCAUGAGCCUCAAGGUCCCGUUAUGUCUAUUUCACCACAGGCAACAUAUUUAUCCAAGAUUAUUCCAAACGCAAUUCUGCCUGCUGCAAUAGAUAUCAUUGAAAUUAAUCAUGAUCACAGCCGGCGCAGUGCCAGUACAGUCAGCAAGAGCAGUUUAGCAUCAGCUAGCCCAGCUUCUUCACGGUCUGGAGGUGGGACAAAUCAAGGUCCACUUACCGCUAGCUCCAACAAGAGCCAUUCGCAAUCAUCUGAGACUGUUGUCUCCAACUCCUCUACAAUCUCUUCAAAAGGAAGGUGUCUACCAACCUUUGUUGCCGACAACACCAAAGAAGUUUCGGAUUUAAUCCCAAAGGAAAUGAUUGUUACAAGCCCAAGCAGUUGGAAAAGUUCUGACAGUAAAGAUUCAAAUCACAGACUGGAACACAGGGAGUUGGGUGAUGCAGGGGACAAUGUUAGAAACAGCCAAUCGUUCUCUCGCAGUCUCUCUGUAAUGAAGACAAAACUACCACCAGCGCCACCUCAGAGAACCUAUUCCCUGCACCAUGAAAAACUUAAGCGAAGAUCAAAGGAACGGAUAGACAUAAAAGAUCUAAAAGAUAUGGCACCAAAUGAUGAGCAAACAGGUAGAGAUCUCAGCAGUACAAAAGAAGAUCAUCAGUCCACCAAAAACGAGAAGAGUUCUGUCCAUUCUUCUGUGCUCAGCUCAUUUAGAGAUUUCCAGACAUCUGUGGAAUCUAGCCCACUUAGUCCUGAUCAAACAUUUACCGGAAGUCAUGUCAGAUUAAGUAACUCAUCUCCAAAGAAAACUGGAGAAUCAGGUGAAAACAAAUUUGAUAGGACUUUGUCUCCUUCAAGUGGAUAUUCAAGUCAAAGUGGGACACCUACGCAUUCCCCUAAAGAGGUUAGUCCCUCCUCACCUGGAAAGAGAAGAGUUAAGCCUUCAAAACCAGAGAGAGCAGGUGUACAGAGCUCACCGGUGGUUUCAGUCUCUUCGUCAAUGACAUCUCUGUCUUCAGUCACAUCAGAUACAGUGCAUCAGGACAUUCAAACCAACACCACUCCAUCAGAGCCACUGAAGUGCUCCCCUCCGCUUACAACAGUGAAAAACAAGGUGACACCUCCACACCCAACUACUGCUCUUAGGGAACUCUUUAACAUUCCCCCUCCACCCAAGGUAAAAGCCCCAUCUCCCCCACCCCCUGAAACCUGGAUUCACAAUAAACGCACACUUGAACUAUUAUGUGGCCCAGGUCCAAACCCCCAUAAGUUACAUCCGCUUCAAAAACAGCAAAAAGAGUCAUCAAUAGGUAAAAAUCAAAACACAAAGUCAAUGGAAAUCCUUGAACAAAUGAUCCCAAAGACACAGACAACAGAAGAAAUAAAGACUGGGGCUCAAGUGGAGAGUAAAGUAGCUGUAAAAGAACAAAAUGAGUCUAUGUCACCACAAGUGCUUGAACAAACAACGGCAGAACCUCCAGAUGGAAGCUCAACAUUAAAUAAUGAACUAAAAAGUCCAGAAACUCUUGCAGAGGUCAAGCAGACGAUUUGUUUAAAAGAGGAGAAAACUGUAAAUGACCAAAAGGAAAGAGGAAGUCAAACCAUUCCUACAACGAAGGUACCAACUAUCACAGUUGAUCAAAGUAUGCUGUCACAAACAAACUGUGAAGUCAAAACAAAUGGUGAAAUUGUGAGCACAUCUCCCCCCAAAAAUGAUGAAGCCAAUGAGGAGAUCCAAAAAAAUGACCAUGUUAAGGUCAUUUUGAAUCAUAAAUCAAUGCAAACUCUUGGUAUAGAAGUACCUGAUGUCAAUGGCAUUUCUCCACCUCCUUCUCCACCUCCAGAACACCACCCUCCUCCACCGCCUACUAAAAAGAUGUCAGCCUCUUCAGUGUCUAUACCACCAUCUAAAGAUGAAGAGGAACAGAAGCAAGAAACAAAGGAACAGAAGCAAGAAACAAAAGAACAGAAGCAAGAAACAAAUGAACAGAAGCAAGAAACAGAGAAACAGGUGACUUUCCUGGAGUCUUCUUGGCCUCCACCACCUCCACCAAUGGAAGAGUCUACUGACUUGAUGUUUGAGGAACAAGAUGAACUUGACUUCCCCCCACCACCUCCUUCGUUCGUACAUGAACCCCUUUCAGAGAUAUCUGUCAAUUGCCAUGAAGAAUCAUGUGAACAACAAGCCAAUACAGAAUUGGUGUCAUCUACUUCCUCAGAUAUGGACAGCAGUCCAGACCAAAAAUCAGAAAUACACACCAUUCUCCCAAAAAGAAUUGUACAAAAUGGUAUGGAGAAUAGACAACAAGAUAAGCCUUGCAAUAAUGUCUCAGACUUCUCAGUGGACCAAGUUGGCAUGGAAAACACAACCGUAGCCUCUCCUAAAAUGUCCUUUUUAUUACCAGAUGAACUUGUACAAGGGGAAGAUUCAUCACCUGAUACCCAAGCAGAUUCCAGUGUGCUGCUUGCACCUCCGCUUCCAGUGGAAAACCAAUCUAUUGUUAACUCACGAAGGCAACUGGGCCUUUUAAACAAAGACAACCGGAGCAAAGAACUGUUGUGUCGCAACAAAAGCACACCUAUUCCAAAGGAAGAUGCCAACAUUCCACUUGUCACACCUUCCUUGCUUCAGAUGGUGCGACUACGAUCUGUAAAUGUUGGGGAAGAUAACAAUGAUAGCAAACCAAGUACUGAGACCACAACAAAUGAGGAUCACAGUAUUACUAGUCAAGCAACACCACAAAAGCCCAUUCGCAAAUCCUUGGCUUUGAAGUCCAACUCACCUGCUAAGUCAUCUCCUGCUCCAGCCACAGUCCCAUCCAUGUGUCUUCAGGAGGCUAUACGUAUGAAGACAGCUGCUAUGUCCUCCAGUGGAGUACCUGCAAUGCUAAAUCUACGCUUAUCCUCAGCUAGCAGUGCUAGCUCACCUGUGCCAUCCCCUAAAACACCAGACGGCUGUGACUUACAUAGCUCCCCUGCAUCUACAGCCAGUUUUAUAUUCUCCAAAAGCACAAAAAAAAUUAUCAUUGAAACACCUACUUCGCCUGAGGUCCAAGCAAGCCUCAGACAGAGUCUUGCAGCUGAGAUAAUGCAGGUUUCUGACCAAGCCAAGACGAUGAUUACAAAUGGAACAAAAAAGCCAAUUAAGGUGCCGCCACCUGUUGCUAAGAAACCAGUGCAUGGAACAAAUCCCCCCAACAAGAUGGAGACUGCAACACCGGAUAAGACAGAGAUCUUGACAAAUAAACAAAUAAUGAGGGUUGAAGUUAAUGGGCAAAGUGAUCCAGUGCAUCCUGCUGGCCAGCGAGCACAGUCAUUAGGCAGCCAGGAGCAAGCAAGAAGUACAGACACUGCAUGUUGAAGAGUCAUGGUGUAUGAGAUGAGUUUUGAUUGGACUGUUUAGUUACAGUAUGGCAAAGACAAGAGGACAAAGCAAGUGAUAAAAGCCCAAGUGAGAUUGUGAUCAAGGAUCCAUGGAUACCGCAACUGUCUUAAAAGCCUUAGCCUGAUAAUGGCCUUCAAAUGUAUGCAAAAAGCUUUUUCCCCAAUCUGUUUUAUAAAAUAGCUUUAUUAAAACUUUCAAGUAUUUUUCUAAAUGAGUUUCUGUGCUCUGGAAAAAGAUACUUACAGUUUAUUUUGGACUCAUUAAAGCUAAUGACUGCAAGACUGAACUGACAUCUAGUGGUCACUAGUGGUAGUAAUCACUGCUUGGCGCAAAAAGGUCAACUCCUGUGUUAUAAUUUUCUGACAUAUCCAAAUAUGUUCAAGCACAGAGAUUGAUUGCUAGCUUUUAAUAAAGAAGCUGAUUCUACUAACAAUUUUUGAACGUUUUAGUGCUACUGCAAUCAGCUUUCAGCAAAUAUGUACAGAACUGUCUGUUACCUUUAUGAAUUCUGAAGUAUGCUGACCUUUUACUUUUCAUUAGAUUAAAGCACUUUGUAAGCUAAAUGCUGCAUUUCUGUUGGAACCAGCAAACUAGUAAGAGUAUUGACUGAUGGUCCCUCUAAAAUUGAUGUAAAAAUAUAUAUACAUGUACUUUAGUGGCUAUUUACUUCCAAGGGGGUGAAUAGAAUUACUACACUGUUUUAAAAAAUAAAUAUGCAUUAAAUGAUAUUUAUAGAUUUA